GAUCGUUUGGGUAACCUUGGUGUCAUUGAUGAUAAAUACGAUGUCGCGAUUUCAACUGCCUGUCCAGCAUUGAACAACUUCGUGGUUGACUCUGUUGAAGUUGGACAAACUUGUAUAGAACAUCUUAGAAAAAAAAAUUUAGGCCGCGUCAUAUUCAUUCUUUUGAAUAAGCUACCUACCAUGGAUAUGCGCCCGAUACAAACACCUGAAAAUGUUCCCCGUCUUUUUGAUCUUGUUAAGCCGAAAGAUGACAAGUUUAUCCCAGCAUUUUAUAGUGUGUUACAAAAUACUUUGGUAGCCGAAAAUCUACAACAAGCGAAAAGGAUAGCAUUUGGUAAAAUUCGAUGGCGCGUAGUGACUUUGAAUGGUGAAUUGAUUGACAAAUCUGGCACUAUGAGUGGCGGAAAUGCCCAAGUGUUGAAAGGUGCUAUGAAUUCAACAUGUUCUUCCGACAUAACACCCGAGACAAUAGUAAUAUUAGAAAGAGAACGUAGUCUCUUAGAAGUACAGUGGAGAGAAGUUAAUGAAAAAGUUAGUUCUUUAGAAUCUCAAAUUCAAGAGAAAAAGGAUGAACUUCCUAAAUUAGAGUUUGAACUAUCAAAGUUAAAGAUGUCUGCUGAUGCUUGCGUAAAAAGUAUUACCGAUAAUGAAACAAGAUUAGUCGAGUUACGGCAAAAAGAUAAUUUAAAUUUAGAUGAUACCAGACGUAUGGGACAACUUCGAACAAAAAUUGAUCAUCGUACACAAGAGUUGGAUAGAUUGAAACGUCAACCUUCUAAAAUUGAAGAAGAGAUUAAGAUUUUGCAAAAUAAGAUUUUGGAAAUUGGAGGUGAUAAACUUCGAGCUCAAAAGUCUAAAGCAGAUCAUAUUAAAGAUCAAAUAGUUUUAAUAAAUGAGCGAAUUACUAAGUCGCAA